AUGUUGAAACGACGGGACUGGAACUACGUCCACGCGAGGGACGGAGAGUCGUCCGAGAGCGAGUCGUCCUCCAUCGAGUCCGCGGGACCGGCGGUGGAGAGCUCGAGCGAGGGAACGGAGGAUGAUGAUGAUGAGGCGCGCGGGGCGGAGAGCUCGAGCGAGGCGGGCGACGCGCGGAGAACGGCGACGCGGGCGCGGUACGACGGCGCGCGAACGGCGAUCGAGCGAGCGAUGACGAGCGAUGGAGACGGUGAAGAAAAUGGGGGGAUCGCGGCGAGGUGCCGGGCGUGCGCGGGGACGCUGUUGCUCAGCGGAACGACGCUUCGAGCGCACGCGAAGAGUAAAAAGCACUUGAAAAAUUUGGCGAAAUUGGGCAAGGCGAACGACGAGAAUUUCGUGUGCUUUUAUCCCGCGGUGAGAGAAGACGAUGGGUACGUGAGCGACGGGGAGGCGGAGACGCACGCGGAGCGCUUGGCGCGUUUACGGGCGCAAAAGAUUUUACGCGACGCGGGGGACGGCGGGGACGCCGGUGGAAAAUUUUCACUCGCGCAAUUCGACUCGUCCGACGACGACGACGACGACGACGACGGCGACGACGGCGACGACGAGAGAGUGACGAAGCGUCUCGCGAGGAAGGAAUUCGCGCGAAAGGCGAGGGAUAUGGUGGCGGACAAAAAGGGCGAGGACGCCAAGCGUUCGCGACGUCACGCGCAACGAAAGAGAAAGGGAAAAUCCAAACCCGGGAAACGGCAACGAAUGGCGAUGAAGACCGAGGGAGCGUAG